UAACCUUGCGGUUCCUCGAAUCCCUGCUAGUCUCACGGCAGCAAAGUUGCACGAGUCGCGUCGCAAAUGGUGUCGAGCUAGUGCCGGUCUUACUUUUAACGCUUUCGUUAGGGUCCACAGGUCUCGUUCAGAGCUAGACAUUGAAGAUUGACGUGGAAUCAAAUUCAGGAAGUCAAUAUCAAAUAAGAUGUCAAGUGCAGGGAGUCCAACAACCGCUAGUUCGAUCGCGGCGAAGCUCGGAUUGCGGCCGAUAACGAAGUGCAACAUCGUCAAAUUUUAUGUGCCGCUGGCUGGGGUUACCUCAUAUACGGCAUUGUCCGUCAAUGUCAUGAAUCCAGGACUCGUCAUAAGGAUAUUUCCACAGAAGGAUAUUACAAACCUGCUACUGGGGAGUGCUCUCAUAGGCACCGGAACUUACAUUUAUACUAGGGAUCACUUGAAAAAUGCCAGUACAGGAGCUAGAGCCGCUUAUAGCAUCACAGGGGCCUUCCUACUCAGUUUUGGUUCGGUACUGUUGUGGGCGGUAUUACGUUCCGCCAUUCCACCUAACCCAACGCUCCGUACUUUGGCCGGCAUUGGCUCUGGAUUAGCUCUUGCCAAAAUUGGUACGAGUUAUCUCGAUUUCGUCGACGCACAAAUAGUCAAGAAGUAGACACUAAGAAACGAAACGUUCGACGUUCGAUCGUAAAGAACGACGAAAGAAAGCAACGUCACGUUUACCGCUGUCGCGUGUUAUAAGUCGUACGGAAUAUGCGGCGCGGAAACUGAACCAGUCAAACGAGGGAAGUCUUGCGAGAACCAUAUGGGUUAAAAGCAAGAAGAUAUAUAUUUAUUUGUAAGUCUUAGUGACAUUAUUGGCACCGUAGGGUAGCUCUCUGAUAUGGAUUCGGAACGAAUCGACGGUAGGUGGAGAACGUGAGUUGAUUUAACUAUUUAAAUCUUUUCUAUUCAAAACGGCAAUUAAGUGUACUUUAAUGUAUCGCGGGAGAUCGAAUGCUUCUGUUUGAAUAAAAUGGAAUAUAAAAAGUU